AUGGAAGGCGACGAUAUUGAUGAUAUUAUCAAUUGGUCGGGCGGUGCAGACAAGGGAAAGAGCCCCCCAGAACCGCAGACGCACGAGAUAUCAGCUGCGGAUAUAGCCAGAGGAGGUAAGAAAGGCUUGAUAAAGCUCUUGAAGCUGGACGGAGACAGCGAAUGGAGAGAGUGGUUGCAGUUGGAUUUCGUCAAGCCCUACUGGUUGGAGUUGUGGCAGCACCUUAGCAAGGUUGGGGAUACCGAGCGCGGAACCGGGUUAGCCCGUGUGCAAGAGACACUGAUCCGAGGGGAGGCCCGGGGAAACACCAAGUACAGUCGGAGACAUGUUGACAAAACUAACUGGGACAUAAAUGAUCACAUGGCAUACUUUUUGUAUAAUGUGAGGACGGAAAACCUGAGUCGCCGGGAUGGCGUGUUUCACCGGCUGGGCCUCCAUACCGGAGAAAUGGAGGCAGCGGUAUGGGCCCUCAAGAACAUCCUUGUCAAAUGCACAGUCCCUCGCAGAUCAAGAAGCCAAGCGCCCACAAUUGAGGACUACAACAGAAUUGCAUUGCACGAAAAAUGGUCGGAUGCUCAGGAAUACCAAUGUGACAAUGAGGAUGAAGCCUGUGCCAACCUCGGUAUCAAGAAGGAGAACCCGCAACUCGGAGGCAUGAUCCGAGGGACUGCAUUGGUGUUUUGGCAGCCCGUUUGUAUAAACCGUAUCAUGGAGACAAUGACCCUGGGCCUAGUCCUAGGCGCAAUAAUCGCUGAUGUUGUGGGCGUGGGUAAAACAUGGGAGGCUGUUGGCUUCCUGCUAUAUGUGAAAAAUGACACGGGGCCACCAAUAGGCCGUCCGACUCUUAUCGUUGUUCCGCCCCAUCUCAUAGAUCAGUGGGUGGACGAGAUCAGCUCCAUCACAGACAGUUUCAACAUCCCGCUGUAUUACGGAGACGGCCGCCGACAAGGCGCAGAGUUUAUCAAAGACAAGCUUACCCGCAAGCACUCGAUAUUCACAGGUGGAAUUGAGAGUGCCCGGACCAUCAUCAUUACAUCGUACCAGACGCUCGAGAGCCGACAUGGUCCGCAAGCCGUCAAGGCAUGGUGCGCCAAGACAAAGCAUGAAUAUGAUCCAUCGAGUCCAAGAAUGCCCAUUAGCUUCCCCCAUGACCUGAGUGGCCUCUUUGGGAUUGCUGUCUUUGACGAGGCACAUAUGCUGCGCAAUCCCCUGUCAGGUUUGUCCCUGGCAUGUGCUUGGCUGAACGCCGGAUUCGGACUGUUACUCACCGCGACCCAGUUUUAUAAUGGUUUAGCAAUUUUUGGCCACGCAUAUCUUGAAGAUCCUGAAAAGCUUCCACUACCUGAUAUAGAUCUACUUGAUCUUCUUCAGUGGACGUUACGUCGGCUUGGUGCAAUGUGUGCCGCAGCAGGCUGGCAACCAGCUGAUCAGGCAGAUUAUGAUGAUGAUGAGAAUGACUUUCUUCCUGAGAAACUUGUGGAAAUGUGCACACCCAUUUCACAACGGACUGGUACAUCGCAGAAACAAGAGACCAAGCAGGCCUACUUCAAGGAUGUGAUCGAAGAUGCAGUCAAUUCAUGGAACCUCCACUGUGGGCACUAG